AACAGCUGUACUUCUAAAUCUUCUCUUGUCAUAAGUGACGUCACGGCUGCCCGCCCAAAAUCAAAACAAUGCCGCUGUCCCUGAGUUAUUUCCCCAGUUAUUUCUCUAUUAGUGAUAUUUUGGCGACGCAAGAUAGGGUGCCGAGUAAAUUUGAAGUACCUGUUUACGGUUUAGGUUUUUUGGACCAAUCUAGUGGUAAUACAGACAUUGAACAGGGAACUAAAUUGGAAUUACCAUGUUGGCUAGCACGGGCUCUAAGCUCAGCAAGACUUCGUAUAGUGAAAACUCAGUUGCCUACCAGUUAUAAAGAAAAGUUCAGAGAAAUCUUAAAAGCUGAUCCAAGUGUUGUAGAUCUACACAAGCUUGGCCCUCGCUUUUAUGAGCUUGGGAUGCAUCUUUUACCUCUUGCUGGUGCAGAAUCUUCACCACUAGCUACACUUCUCACUCAGACUCUUAGAGAGCGACUCCGUGGGAUUAUGGACUCCGCACAGAAUUCUAGUGAAGACGAUACAAGUACGCAAAUAGCCAAACUUGAUGAUUUAGAGAGAACCCUUUAUGAAGUUGGACAAAGAUCUCUUCGUGAUCACAAGUUGUGGCUCUCUCGUAGGGCUCACAUCCUUACUACAUCUGCCAUGGUUGAGCAGCAUAAUAAAAGAAAAUUUUCUGAAGUGGACAAGUGAACAGAAUUGUGUUUUUUGAUACAUACAAUUUUGUAUGGUUCUGAAGAAAAAGAAUAUUUUAGUAUUCUUAAAUUUUUAGAUACUGUUAGUGAGACUAUUUUUAUCUUGACUGAUUAUUGGACAAUUGAUAUAGUUUUUCCUUUUAAUAAGUAUACUGGAUAUCUCAUUUUCAUUAGUCUCACUUAUCUUACGCUUGUGCACCUUUUAUAUGGGAAGCUUUGUAUGGCUGUGCAAAUAUAUUAUAUGAUACAGAUU